CACAUUGGAUUUUUUCUUUCUUUUUUUUUUUCUCCUCUGUGACAAGUGCUUUACUUGCAGCAGAAAGGAAAUGUGUCAUCUGUGGUUUGGUUUGAAAAGUGGAAAGCUAGCUGUACGGAUCCUUUUUUACUGCAGAUUUACUUUAAGGUUCAUAUUCUCCAAGUCGCUCCUGCUUUAAAUUACGUGGAAGCUGUGCUUCAGGACAAGAAAAGUGGCUUAUUAAAAUCAGGUUAUAAUCAGAUUUUGACCAAGCAUUUUGUAAGAUUACCCGUAGACUCACGGACAUGGAACACACGGGACAUUACCUGCAUCUUGCUUUUCUGAUGACAACAAUUUUUUCUUUGUCUCCUGGAACAAAAGCAAACUAUACCCAUCUGUGGGCUAACAACACUACUGUCUGGGAUCCAGAUAUUCAAACUAAGACAGGCAGAAACCAACAUGAAAACAUUAACACACACCUUACAACUCCUAAAGUAGAUAAAAAGAGUAAUUCUACAACCAUGACUGAAAUGGGAACACCGCCUCGCACUGAAUCUUUAACUCCUAAAUCUGAGCUUCACACACUGUCUCCACCAUUACAGAACACUGAAAACACAAGCAAAAGUCACAGUGAAAUCUUCAAAAAAGAAGUGUGUGAGGAAAACAACAACAAAAUGGCUAUGCUCGUUUGCGUAAUUGUAAUUGCAGUGCUUUUUCUUAUCUGCACCCUUCUAUUUCUAUCAACUGUGGUUCUGGCAAACAAAGUCUCGUCUCUCAGACGAUCAAAACAAGCGGGCAAGCGUCAGCCCAGGAGCAAUGGCGAUUUUCUGGCAAGCAGUGGUCUAUGGACUGCUGAAUCAGACACUUGGAAACGAGCAAAACAGCUCACGGGGCCCAACCUAAUGAUGCAAUCGACUGGAGUGCUCACAGCUACAUGGGAAAGAAAACAUGAAGAAGGAACUGAAAAACUCACUCACUAACAGAUGCUUGAGUGGAGAAAAAUACAAAUAGCAAUGAGAACAUUUAUGGGGUAGAAACAAAGUUAGUUUGGUAUUUAAUGCCAACGUGUUGGUCUGAUGGUCUAAAAUUUGACAUCGCAAGCCUUGCAAUUUAGAAUCAGGCAGGUGAGCAGGGGAGAAGCAUGCCUGCUGACUUAAUUACUUAAACUGUGCAUUUUUGUUCU